UCUCAGGACUGUGCUGUGCUUUGUAUGCCAGCUGCUGUUCAGCAGGGCCUGUAAUUGGCUGGCAGGGUGAGGCUGGGUGCAGAUGUCCCUGGCUAAUGGUCGUCUCCCUGACAAUCUUCACAGUUUGCUAAUUCCCCUGCCUGGCUUUGUUUGCUUUCAUGAAAAUGUGGAGUGGGAUCACCAGAGUGGCGUCUGGUAGCAGUGAAUGAACCCAGGCAGACCAAAGCAUGAAUGACAAACGAUGGGUGGAGGCUAUUGAUUUGUUUUGUUCAAGCCCUCGUGAGAUAAUGGUGGUGAAAUCAGACAUGCUUAUUGUUCUUUAUCUGACUACAAACAAACAAGAAUGUUAAUUUAAAAAUGACUUUAUCUUAUGUCCCCUACAUAAAUCUAAUGAAAAUCAUUGGAAUAUUUCAGGAUCAGCCAUUGUUCCACUAGCUCCAGUCCAUGUAGAGCCCAGCUCCAGGCACCAGGAUUUCUCUCAUGGAUCUAUUAACCCCCCCACCCUAUCCAACCAUCCACCCUCCCUUCUGCUUCUGUGUGUCUCCCUCCGCCCUGGAGGCAGGUAUAGCAGCUCUCUGAUUCGUUUUUUCUCUUUGUGACUCAGCUUCUUUAUGAAAGCAAACAGAGCAUCAUCAAAGCAGCAGCAGAGCUUCCCUAACCACAGCCUGAUGGGUGUCUUCACAGAAUAUCUUCCUCACUUCCUCAGGAGCAUCCUUUCUUUUUUUUUUCUAGUAUUUUUUGGUGUGUCAUUUUCCACUAUUAUUUUUUGACUUUUGAUUUUGGCUGUGAGGAUUAUUGUAUUUUCAACUUGGAGGCUUCUUCUUACUUUGUGGAUCUGUUUGCCAGCAUCACGUACAGGACUGCAUCGCUGAGGUUUUCUUGACAAAAUAUAAUAUAUCAUUUAUUGACAGUCUGUUUUGUUCUCUCUCUUACAGACCAUCUGUUUCUUUUCUGUGAUGAUUUUUCUUGCUGGCUUUUCACUAACUGCCUAGUUUUCUUACUGACAAACUAAUUGUAUAUUUUAGUCAGUGACUGGCUGACUGCUGUGUUUAUUGUCUAGUUGAUCGACUGACAAAUUAACUUCAUUUUGUUUACUGAACACAGUCUGGCUGCUUAUUUCAUUCACUCACUGGCUGAGCUGCCUUCUGUUUUAUUCCCCAACUGCCUGUCCUGGUUUUAUCACCUGUGUCUGUCUGACAAACUGGUUAUUUUUUUUCCAAGCUUACUAUUUUGCUGACUGGCUGGGAGUGGCAUCAUCAUUGUCAUCCCAGGGCUUUGUGAUUGUUUGUAUUCAGAGGAGCUGUGAUGAAGGAGAGCAGAGGCUCCACUUAAAAGAAUUUGAAGAAUCCAGAAGUGGAAACAAGAAGCAGCAGAGAGGAAAAAAAGAAAAAGAAACUGAGGGGAGAAAUAUUGGAUUACGGAGCAAAAAGAGAGGAGACUGUCGUGGAAAGGAAGGCUGACAGGAGGAGGCGUGGCAGCGGAGAGAGAGAGAGGGAGAAGCAGGGAGAGAGAGAAAGGGAGGAGAGUGGAUGCGACCCACACCCCUGAGAUGCUAAGCUGGCUGAGAGAAGACGAGAUGUCGGUCCAGGGGCUGCUACAGAGGGUGCAGUGUGUCAUCACUCAUGUUGAUGAGAUCAUGCAGCAGGAGAUCAGGCCCCUGCUGGCUGUAGACAUCAUAGAGCAGCUUCAUCGCCAGUUCGCCUUGCUCUCAGGGGGGCGAGGGAACGAUGGCGCCCCCAUCAUCACCUUCCCAGAGUACUCAGGCUUCAGCGAAGUGCCAGAGGAAGACUUCCUCAAUGUAGUCACUUACCUGACCAGCAUCCCCAGCCUGGAUGCUGCCAGCAUCGGCUUCAUCAUCAUCAUCGACCGGAGGAAGGACAAAUGGAGCUCAGUCAAGGCCUCUCUGUCCAGGAUCGCCGGGGCGUUUCCUGGAAACCUGCAGCUGGUGUUGGUGCUGAGGCCGUCCAGGUUCUUCCAGAGGGCGAUAGCAGAUAUCGGGAUCAAGCUGCACAAGGAUGACUUUAAAAUGAAGAUUGUGAUGCUGAACUCUCUGUCGGACCUACACGGCUAUGUGGAUAAAGGCCAGCUGACCAGGGAGCUAGGAGGAAGCCUGGAGUACUGUCACAGUCAGUGGAUCCACCAUAGAACUGCCAUAGAGAACUUUGCCAUGACAGUGAAAACCACAGCCCAGAUGUUACAGAAAUUUGGGACAGACCUGGCGGAGACUGAGCUGCCCAAUGACGUCCAGUGCACCAAAGACCUGCUCACAGCUCACACAGACAAACACAACAACCUCAAGGAUGAACUGAAGCUAGCUUUGAAGCAGGGUACCACCUUGUUAGGUUGUAUCAAGGAGCAGGCAGCCAAGUCAGAGAACCACAAACUCAACCCAGACGAGAUGGAAAACCAAACCACCGUGGAAAGGCUCCUGGCCCAGCUGGACGAGACAGAGAACGCCUUUGAACAGUUCUGGUGUAAACACCAUCUGAAACUGGAGCAGUGCCUGCAGCUACGCCACUUUGAACAGGACUUCAGAGAGGUCAAAGUGUCUCUAGACAGUUUGAUGGACAGUCUAAACAGCCUAUCAGAUACUGGGGAUUGUGUGGCCAGAGUUGAACAGUUGCUAAAGGAACUGAAAACACUGGAGGAGAAGGCUCAGCCCACAGUGGAAAAGGCCCAGCUCCAUGCACUGCAUGGCGAUCAGCUAAUCCAGAGCAACCACUAUGCAGUGGACUCUAUUCGACCCAAAUGUGUGGAGCUCAGGCGGGUCUGUGACGACUUCAGCAACGAGGCCAAGAAAAAGACGGAUGUCUUGUCCAAAUCCCUGCAGAUACAUGUGGGCAUUGAUAAGGUGAACCAGUGGUGUGAGUCUGGCAUUUAUCUGCUGGCCUCCCAGGCUGUGGAUAAGUGUCAGUCACAGGAGGGGGCAGAGUCAGCGCUGACCGACAUUGAACACUUUCUGGAGUCAGCAGAAAAGAACCAGCUUACAGAACUGAGGAACCUCCACAACCAAUAUGAGGUUGUGCUUUCCGAGGACAUCAAGACCACUGUCCUAAAGGCACUGAAACGUCUGGAAGACGUCCAGGAGAUGUUUGAGAAGCGGCACGUCAGCCUGAAGAGGCUGUCAGCUAAACAGACGAGGCCUGUCCAGCCUGUUGCCCCACGGCCUGAGUCCUCCCCAAAACGCCCCUCACUGAAGAACCCCCCAAGGACUACAGGGAGCCAACAACCUCUGGCUCGCAGAGCUUCUGAUAACUCCAACAGUGGCAAGCAGCCAGUUGAAGCUGAUCCCAACAAGAAGAAGAACAUACGCAAGGCCAAAGGAGGCAUCAAGAUCGAGGUGAUGCACGAGGAAAGCCAAGGAGGCUCCACCCACGUAGUCGUGACCAAUGAGACAGAGGAGAGCCUGUCCAACAGACGCAGACACAUCAUGACUGAGCUGAUUGAAACAGAGAGGCUGUAUGUGGAGGAACUGCAGAGCAUUAUAGAGGGUUAUUUUGCUGAGCUGGAUAACUCAGAACUUAGCCACCUCAUCCCCCCUUCUCUGGAGAACAAAAGGGACGUGCUGUUCGGCAACAUGCCAGAGAUUUAUGAAUUCCACAACAGGACAUUUCUGAGGGAACUGGAGAACUGUGCGGAGAAACCAGAGCUGGUGGGAACCUGUUUUCUGAAAAGGAAAGAAGAGCUUCAGGUGUAUGAAAAGUACUGUCAGAAUAAACCCCGCUCUGAAGUCCUUUGGAGACAGUGUGGAGACAGCCUCUUCUUUCAGGAGUGCCAGAAGAAACUGGACCACAAACUGUCUCUGGAUGCUUACCUGCUGAAGCCUGUCCAAAGGAUCACCAAAUACCAACUCAUGCUCAAGGAGAUGUUAAAGUGCAGUAAGGGUGAGGGGACGGCUGAGCUGGAGGAGGCUUUAGCCACCAUGCUGGACAUCAUCAAGUCUGUCAAUGACUCCAUGCACCAGAUAGCCAUCACUGGCUUUGAGGGAAACCUGAGUGAACUUGGGAAGCUGCUGAUGCAGGGAUCCUUUAAUGUGUGGACUGACCACAAGAAAGGCCACAGCAAGGUGAAGGACCUGGCCAGGUUUAAGCCCAUGCAGAGGCACCUGUUCCUGUAUGACAAGAUGCUGCUGUUCUGUAAGAAACGAGAGGAGACCACCGACGGACACGAGAAGACCCCGUCCUACAGCUUCAAACACUCGCUCAAGAUGAGCUCUGUGGGCAUCACGGAGAACGUCAAAGGUGACAGCAAGAAGUUUGAAGUGUGGUACAACGGCAGAGAGGAAGUUUACAUCAUCCAGGCUCCUUCCAUGGACGUGAAAAAUAUGUGGGUGUCGGAGAUUCGGAAAGUUCUUACAGGCCAGCUGGAGGCAUGCAGAGAAGCCAGCCAGCUCAACAUCUUCGGGGCCCCCAUGAGGAACGUCCGUAAGAUGGCACUGAGACAAUCGGAUUCAUCAAGUCCAGAGUCUGGCUUCAGGAGGAGCAACCCCAGCCCUAACAUGAGGCAGAAGAGAGUUGAUGCUUCAGCCAGCCAUUCGGCUGCUAACGCUAGGAAACGCUUCACGUUGCAGGGACUUUCAAACAGGAGGUCUCUUCCAGCAGAGCCAGCUGCUAAGGAGACACAGGUCACCCGCCGCUUCUCUCUUACCUCCUCUCUCGCCUCAUCCUCCUCCUCCUCUUCCUUCGCCACGAGACGCACAAAAGGUCCCCUCUCUGCUAGCAUAAAGAGCAAGAGACAUGAGAUAAAGAGUGAUCCCACUCCAUUUGGUUAUGAAGAUACUUUGCGCGGUGCUAUGGCUGCAGUCAAGAAACGUCAGAGCAUGGCUAGCAGCACUGCUCCUGCUGCUGGUGGCAUCUCAGCUGUCCCUAGAUCCACCUCCCAACCAGGCUGGGGCCAGCGGCGUCUCCCUUCCAUGGACACCGAUGACUUCGAGACGAUCCCGUCCAGUGCAGAGGAAUCCUCCAACUCUUCAGAAGAGGAAGGCAACAAUAAAAAUGGUGAUACCGGUUGCUUUCAGGUGCAGAUGACCUAUCAGUCUCACGAAGCGCGAGACCUCUCUCUGGAGUCAGGCGACCUGGUCCAGUUCCUGGAGGAAGCGGAGAACGGACACUGGCUAGUCAAGAACCUUUUAACAGAGGAGACAGGGCUGGUCCCAUCCAGUAUACUGCAAACCGCAUCUGAAGGAGAUAUCUUCAGUGAUCUGUGUACAGCAGCACUCUCUGACUCUGAAGAAAAUGAAGCCAGUACAUGGGGAGACGUGUCUCAGGACAGCAUAUAAACAUGGCCAACUGUUGUAGUUCAUUAUGUUGGACUACAAACAUUUUUUGUUGGACCGCAAACAUGACUGAUAACUCCAACAGUGGUUUUUCAACUGUAAUUUCCUAAGCUGGACUUUAGAUAUCAACAACUGUUAUGUUUUUUUCUACUUGUAGUUCUUCGUGUUCUACUACAAACAUGGCCUGCUCUUGUAUUUCAACUGUAGUUUUUUUUUUUUUACAUGUCUGAGUCAUUGAAGUUUCUCUAAAGCCUCUGGAAAAAGCUGGAACUUUAACAUGCCUGAAUGCCACAGUGGGAAAGCCAUAUGCGAGAAGUACCAUCUGACCAUCUGUGGAGGCCUGAAGAAGAAGAUGGAUGUGGCCACUGAACUCUAUAUCCAAAGUUGGAUGAAUUCAUAUUACAUAUUGUAGAAAAAUGCAAUUCCUGAGUGAGUGGGCUAGAUACCUGAAAAACUCAAAUCCCAUUUUUGACUCUCCUUCUUAUGGAAAACGUAAUAAAUUCCAUGUUCUGGUUGUGAGUAGGCCUUGGCAAGGUGCCCUGUUUUGCUGCUAUGCUGUGCUGAAGCAAAACUCUCUCAGACCAGGUUCUGCCUCUGCUGACCCGCUUUAGCUGCUUCUACGACAUUAGCAUCAGCCUCCAGAAGAAUCUAGAAGUUGUCUUUGCUUGCCUUUCUUUGUCCUGGUAGAGUACUCACAUAAUGAAGUGCUUCACACUGCAUUACUAUCAUUACAUUAAUAUCAGAUGUAUUAUCUCAACAUGCCCAUUCUCACGCCCUGUAAAAUAGCGAAAUUAUCUGUAUAAAUUGCUCUAAGAGGCUGAAGGAAUCUACUUUUCACUUGUUAUAUACUUGGAUAUAAGGAUGGUUUGUUUUGACAGAAACUUCAAUAUAUAUCAUUGUUUGGAGAUCUGUCAAUGAAGUCAUUGUCUCAAUGAUGAAAUCCUUUUAUGUUUGCUAUAUCCAUUUAUAUAUGAAUCUAUAGCAAUUAACUACAAAAACAAUAACAAUAUAGGUGACAUAGGAAUAUACACUGUUUGCUUUUUGUUACUUAGGGGCAGAAAUGUUCUUAUAAAGUUAAUGUGGCUAACGUGUUAUUUAGGGGUUAUCUUUCUACUGAACUGACUUCUGUUAGUCAAACAUGGACUCUUCUCGCUGUGUUUUGGUUUUCACCAACUUUUAAGAAGGUAUAUUUUCUGUAUCUGGACCAGGUCAUCGCUAACGUUGUCUGUAGGCCUUCUGGUGCUAAGUAAGGAAACUUGUUUGCCUAAAGCAGCUUUUUGAUGUUUCUGGAAACAAGGUUAAUGAGAGUGAUAUGACCACAACAGUAAGUCCAGGCUGUGGAGCUAAAGCAAUGAGCUAAAAGAGCCCACAAAGAUCUGUGGAGUUGAGCAGAUUUGCAAAGUUAUGUGAUAAUACUCUGUCCGUUUGCUACGUCAGAGGUGCAACAAAUGAGAACUUUAAAUUCUAAAAGAAUUUCCUUCAUCAGUUCAUGAUGGCUUAAUUACUUUCAAUCAGAAAAUGCACGUGAGAAAUGAACCAAUCAUAAUGUGUUUUCUAAUUUAUUCAUUUUACACACACAGUGAAUAGCAGACAGAAGACGUCAAAUAGCUUUUGAUGGAAAUUAAACAUUACUGCAGCAUCUCUUUAGAUGAGUGGGGUAGUUUUAUGAAAGAAAGACAUUUAUGUUGUGCUACUUGUACUCAUCUCUACAUAAUUCGAUUUUCGCUGUCAAGCGUCUUGAGAACAUUUCACACUUUGUUUUGCUGCGUGCCAGCUUCUAUCUAUAGGCAGAUCAUAUUUAAGCAUUGCGUUUCAGAUUUGUGUGCAUGUAAAGACUUCAUGAACAAUAACUCAGAUGCUAUCCAGGCAACUAGAAAGAGGCAACCAGACAUGACUUUGCAAGGAUGCUGAAGAAUGUGUCGACCUUUAUAUCAUUGUAAGGACGCUCAUUUACAAUGGAUAAUAUUCCGAAUAUUCUAUUAAUUCAUGAACACGGAUCUCGUCCUGCUGAUUCAUCUCCACAUCCAUAUAAUGGCUCAUGACGAGCUGCAUUCAGACACGUACUCGAGCAGAGACCAUAUUGAUUGUAUUCUAACCUUGAAAUUCCUUUUAUGGAUCUGAGCGCCAGGUUGUUUUUGCUGAAGCCAAGCAAUAGUUCAGCAGUGCAACAACAUUAUCAGAUUUAUGAUGAGUCUUUUGAAGUCCAUGUCAAAGCACUUACACGUGUUUUUGUUUGUUUUUACUGAGAUAUGAACCUUUGUUAGCAAUCUGUGAGGGUCACCACCAUAAGCCAGGUAGCCUGAAAAACGUUCCUAUGACACAUCACACUUUUUAUCUAAAGUAAAUUACAGUAUGUUGGGAAAAGUCAGGGAACAUUUAGGCUAUUUGCUGCAAGUGAUUUUUCAGGGAAAUGUUUUAUUAGCAAGUAGCACCUGGGCUGUUUCCUAACAUCAGCUGUGUAGGUUUCACCAUUUCAGAGAAGAAAAUAGUACUGUACACUCACUGUUCAUUUAUGGAGGAAAAUGUAAAUAAACAUUAGUGUUAGGCUAAUGUUGCAUAUUUUGGGCAAGUAAAGAUCCAUGUAUUCUGUAUGACUGCUGUAUUGUUGAACGCCAUUCUCCAUCUGAGUUUUUUCCAUUGCAUUGUAUUGCAUUUCUACUGACAGAUUGAAUUAUAUAAACUAUCCGUUGAGAAAUCCGAAACGGCACCACUGUAUUUACAAAUAGAUGACGCGUCGCAGGAUGGAGCCCAGAAAAAUGUCCCAUGUGAAACAAUUUAGAUGAUGGCUCAUUUGAUUUACAUUUACAGUACCUGCAACUUAAUGAAAAUGCAGAGAAGAAACCAAAAGGGUGUCGAAAGGCUGAAUAUUCACCCAAUGACUGAUUACGUGUCAGAAUGUAACACUGAGUUACUCUGCUAGAAGGCUACAGUAAGUUACUGGGCUCAGUCUUUGAAAUGACUGUAAUAGUUUAAGCACCAAGACCUUGACAAGCAAUUAAUGGCUGGAUGAGUAAGUGGAUGGAUGGAUGGAUGGAUGCAUGGAUGAGUAAAUGGAUGGAUGGAUGGAUGGAUGGUCCAUGGGAGGAAAAGUUAACUAUAUGGACAGAUGGAUGGAUGAUGCAAAGAUGGACAGGUGCAGUAGAUAGGUGAAUUAAUAGUCAGACAGAUGAAUAUUUUGACACUGUAACUGGGUUACAAUCUGUACCAGAAGGCCAAACUUUAAUAAAGGUCAUAUACAUUCAUAUUUGUCCAAUUGUAAAGAAAUCUACUCAUCUUGAACAUGCUGUAUAUUUUGUUUAUCAUAUGUUAAAUGACAAAUAUUGUAUCUUUGUAAAGGAAAUAUUUAUAUUGUACUGCAUCCUGCUGCAAUGUAAUUGGCAUUUCACUCUAUUAUGGAAUGUAUCAAGUCUGUAUAUUGUACAAUCUGUCAUUGUAAUGUACAUAUUGGUUCAUUGUGAUAAUAUGCAUUUACAAUCUGAAUUUUGUCACCCUGUUUUUUUUUUUUUUUUGUAUUUUGAACUUAUUACAAACUUAAAAAUGCAUGGAAGGGUCAGAUUUCAUACAUAGAGGUGAGAGAUUUGAAAUUCAGACCACAUUCAGGCCAUGUUUCUUCGUGUGGAAUUAGGACUGUUCCCAUCAGAGCAAGAAGAUCACAUGGAUACAUACAAACAGACAACAUCCUUUGAUAUCUGCUGCUAUGCAAAUGAUUAUAAAAUUAUGCACUUAUUAUACAUACAAGGUUUUAGAACAGGAAAAACUUUGUCAUUUUUGUGGCUUUUCUCUAAGCAUCCCACUCACCUACUUUUUUGUGCUAUAAAGUAAUAUAUCAUAAGUUUCCCAAAUUUGACCUGUUCUUGUGAUUUCAGUGAGAGCAGAAGUCAUCGGUCAUCUCACUGAUGGUAGUGGUUUACUGGUUUAAAUGGACACCAUCAGGGGACAUUUUUUUAAAUCUUAUGUGCAAUUGGUAAAAUGCACUUGAAUUUUGAUCCAUACAAAAUGUAUAAUAUAUUACAUUGAAAGAAAACUACUCUUAUUAACUACUACUUAUUGAAGUGGGGUUGUAUUAUACUUAUCUAUAGUCAGCAUGUUACCUUAAGUUAUAGACAGGAGUACCAGCACAGAAGUUAAGCAAUACACAGUAUGGAUCAGAACUAAAUUACAUAGUCACACAAUAAUACAAACAAACUGUUCCAGGCAGCAGUGAACCAGCAACUCCCGUGUUCUGCAAGAUUAAAUUGGUGUUUUUGUCAAUGAAGUCUGGUGGCUUUGAAGAGAGCAAAGAUCAAUAUAAACAUUUUAGUUUCCGGUUGUCUGGCUGCAAGAUAAAGGAGUGAAAUAUAAAUAUAGGGUACACAUAAAGUGAUACUGAUUUUUUUGUUUUCAUGUUUGGCUUCUUUUUGUAGCUUAAAUAUGUUUUGAUGUUGACAGAGUCCACAGCGGAGCAUUGCUUAGCUAAAAUGUCCUGUACUCUUUUCUUCUUCUUUUUAAAACUUAGGACCUGCUGACCACUGUCUACUGUAGGCAAUACACUGAUUAUGGACAGGUACCUCAUACAAUCUCACAAUCUUCAGUAAAUUCGAGCUAUUCCUUCAACAAUCCAUAAUUCACUGGAAGUUUAGGAAAUCUGUGAUAUACUGUAGGUAAUACACUCACUAUGGAUAAGUACUUCUAACAACUUCAGAAAUCUGAACCAACUCCUUAACACAGAGGUGUGCUUACUUUCCAAUAUAGCAUCAAAUACAAUAGUAGCUAAACUGUUGGCUAGUGUUGAUCAUCUGACCGGUUGUGUUUCUAACCUUAUUGGACAUAUUCUUACAUUCUAUCAUGUUGUUCCUAGAUUUUCACAGUUGAUUUGAUGAGUACAGUAGUAUUAUAACCAGUAGAAUCAUGUCCAGACCUACAAAAUGAAACCUAAGGUGUAAUAAACCUUUGUUUUCUUACAAUCAAGAAGAAUUCAAGGGUACACAUUGCUAAUACCACCAGAACUCAAUCCCCAAUUUGAAGACCCACAAUUAGAAUCAACAUGUAGGGUUCUCAAGGCUGGCGGCUUUGUAGUGUUGGCCAGCUGUCCAAAUUUGAAAACAAAUUUGUGGUGUCCGUUCAGUCACAAACACCAUUUGCUGCUUCACGAAUCCAAACCAAAAGGUUUUAAAAACGCUGGCAAAAUCAUUCUAUUGCAAACACCUCUUUCUUUUUUAUGAGUAAGAGCACAAUCAUGCAAUCAUUUCUUCACAUCUUCCUUGAAUUUCUCUGUACAUCUGUUGUCACUGUAGGACCAAGAACACAAUGCAAACACAAGCCUUGUGUUAUAACAGAAUCUGGCGUGCCUGCAGGACAAAAUAUUGUCUCUUUGCUAUCUGCUGAACAGGAGAUUGUUCUAUAUAAAAUACUAUACUCAGCAAGCACAGGUCCCGACACUGAGAGAGAAAAAAAAGCAGCAGAGUGAGAAUGGAAGAGAUGUGAUCUUUCUCCAACACCUCACUGUGUUCUCUAUCUCCCGGACCAGACUUGUGUCAAGAAAAGAUGAGUGUUCAAACGAGAUGUUAUUAAAGUCUGUGCCAGUAGGCGGUGAAUUCACUCACUGUCUGAAAAGAAUCCUCUCUGCACGUCAUUGCAGCUUGUUUUAUUAUGAUUUAAGACUGUAUUAAAAUGAAGUGUAAUUAUUGUGAGUUGGGCAGUGAAAGGGAAAGAAAUAGUAGGGCAAGAGGUAAAAAGAAAACAGCCUCUAUCUUUACCUUUUUUGCUACAGGGCUGUCAAAGUGAUAAGUGUAAAUAGCUUUUCUGUAUGUUGGAACAUGUGAUGAAAUACAGGCAUCAUGAAAA